UAGUGUAAAAGGCGAAAAACUUUGAAUAGGGUUGAAGGGUUCUCUAACUAAGUUUAAAAAAGGAAGGAAACCAGUUUAAUUCGCCAUUUUCAGUUAAAAGACCUUACGUUUUGGAGAUCGUGAAAAAAUUCCAAGAAUGUGUCGCCCAGUUGUAAUAUGUAAAGUAGCAGUCCAGUAGUAAUUGCGGCGGUCCUUUUAAUUAGUGUAGACCCGGCGGGCAGAAUCGCCAGAAUAAGUUGAAUUGGACUGUUUAAAUUCGGUUGUGUAUUCCAGAAUUUAUCUUCAAGUUACGUCAUAAUGAGUAAUUGUGUGGGAACAAUCGCUUCUGUGAAGAAAUAUUACGGGCAAACGCUCCGUUCCACUUGUGACCUGAAAUCAUCAUUGUCAUCAUCGGUAUGCGAAGCCCUCCGCCCUCCCCCCCACAUUAAGCGGGCUAUAACAAUGGUCCAUGAUGACGUAGCAAGUCGGUAUUUUGGUUGCGGGUUGGCGAUCCCGUUCGACCAAUUGGAAGGCGUGAAGAUACUUGACCUCGGAUGUGGCAGCGGUAGGGAUUGUUACGUCAUGUCUCAGCUUGUUGGGGAGGAUGGUUACGUCACAGGGGUCGAUAUGACGAAAGAACAGUUGGACAUUGCACGCAAGUAUGUCGACCAUCACCGUGAAAAGUUUGGUUUCAAGAAAUCCAACGUAAAGUUUGUUGAAGGUUUUGUUGAAGAUAUGAAAGAAAUCGAAGAUUCAUCGAUCGAUAUCGCGAUAUCGAACUGCGUGGUGAACCUGUGUGAGGAUAAAGAGUCAGUUUACAAGGAAGUUUAUCGAGUGUUGAAACCUGGGGGAGAAUUUUACUUCAGCGAUAUUUAUGCUGAUAGUGAUGUCACAGAGGCAGCGAAGAACAAUGAAGUAUUAUGGGGUGAGGGUAUGGGUGGCGCCCUCAACUGGCGAACUUUCCACAAAUUAACGUCGAGUGUUGGGUUUGAAUGUCCGAGGAUUAUGACAUCAUUUCCUGUCCAGAUGAAACACCCGGAGUUAACGACUCUCAGUUGGUUUGUUUGUACAAAGAUGAAAGUUUGUUUAAUGUUGAGUUCAGCGCCACGAUUUUAUUCAAUACCUUUAAUCAUGGCGUGUUUUUACGAUUGUCAUUGAUUUCCUUUUACACUUUGAAGUGAAUUUAUGUUAUUUUACGAAUGUAUAAAUAUUAUUACAGGCGACGUCAAAUAUGUUUCCGUGCUUUACCGCAUGUUUAAACUUGAUAGUGAUGUCAUAAAGACCCCUUGUAAUGUAACUUACAAAGGAACAAUUAAAUACAAUCAAGAUGAAUUAAAGUUUGACCUCCACUUGACCUUUCACACCGAUGACAUCACAACCAUCGAUGGGAUCACUGCUGCCACCUUGAGGACGUCGAGGUUUUUCCAACAUUUCAAGUUUUCCGAACCCGUGGCCAAUGGACCGGAACCAGUUGGAUUGGAAAACCCAUUUGAUGUCAUAAACUGAUGAUGUCAUAUUCCUUUUAAUUGUUACGUCACAAACGAUUGUCACUAUUUGUAAAUUUGCUGCUUUGUUUAUGACAACACAAUCGAUAUUGUGAUGACAAUGCUCAUUGUAAAUUUAAAUAAACGAAUAUUUA